UUGCGUGUUGUUAGCGUUAGCUUCUACCCCAACAUUUUUAACUUCUGCCUCUAUUUUGUUCUCUUCGAGGUUAAACUCACGCAUAUUGAACGCGUUGUAGCCGCUAAAUCCCACUUUAAUGUUGACGAACAUAACACUUGUCGUUAUUUUGCAGCGGAAGUCAAAUCUUUGUGGACUUACUUUUUAGUGCGUUUGCUGCCAUGAAGUAGAGCCGCUGCAGUAACUUCAAUGGGGAAAAGAAAAGACGUGGCUCAUUCCAGGUUUCCCUGCGAAGGCAACGUGGGGCUGCAUGGCAUGCACAAACAUAAGCAUAAAAAACACAAGAGGCACAAGAGGAAGCACCAAGGGCUCUCUGAGAUUCCAGAGCCCGUCGUCAUCCCUCGCCCGCCCCCGCAACUGCGACUCAAGAUCAAGCUGGGAGGACAGACGCUAGGGACAAAGAGUGUUCCUACUUUCACCGUGCACCCUGGUGUGGCUUGUCCUCCCUCGCCAUUGAUGAUCGUGGACGACGACGAUGACAACGAUGACGACGAAGACAACGACGACGACGAUGAGGAGGAAGAAGAGGAAGAUGACGAGCCUUCUGUGCCUCUGGAGCAGUAUCGGGCCUGGCUGGAUGAAGACAGCAACAUGGCCACGUCUCCUCUGCCUGACAUGGACUCUGACUCCAUGUUGGGCGUGCCCGUGGACGAGGAGGAGAGGUGGCUUGACGCUCUGGAGAAAGGUGAGCUUGACGACAACGGCGAGCUCAAGAAGGAGGUUGACGAGUCCCUGCUCACGGCUCGACAGAAAGCACUACUCCACAAGCAGCAGAUACAGCCCCUCCUGGAGCUGCCCAUGGGCUACAAAGAGAAGGAGAUGACCGUCGAGAUGAUGCAGAAGCGGGAAGAGCGCGCUCGCAAGCGGCGCUUGCAGGCGGCCAAGAAAGCGGAGGAGAGCAAGAACCAGACCAUCGAGAGACUCACCAAGACCAGCAAGGCCAAGAUCAAAAGCACGCGAGAGAAGAAGUCCAAGCUUAGCCAGUGUCCCAUCGUCCGCUACAGUGACUCGUCCCGAGGCGUGACCAUCUCCUUCCCCGCCGGCGUCCCCGCCCCCGCGCCGCACCCUCCGCCGCCGCCUCUGGUCCCCCCCGUGAGCUGCGGGGUGAGUGGCUGCUCCAACCCGAAGAAAUACAGCUGCUCCAAAACGGGCAUCCCUCUGUGCAGCCUGCAGUGCUACAAAAGGAACAUGCAGGCAGUUUGUUGACAGGUCUUCUUCUCACUUAUGGACAACCGAAUAACAUGACUUUGAGGAAAGAAGACCCGCUUGCUUCAAGCUGGUAGUCUGCCCCAGUUGAAGUCGACUGUGAAGAUAAUUAAGGAAAUGUGUAGCCUGCAAAAUCUUCACUGCUCCUUUC